AUGAAUUCACAAGGUCAGUUUUCUGAUUCAGAAAGCAACCAAAACCCUCUUAUUUCUACUGCUUUCAAUCCACAAGACACUCCCGUUUCAUUUCAUGAAAGACAAGAAAGUUCAAUUGCUCCGAGCGAGACUAAUAUGACGCAGCCUCCUGACUCUCAGCCUCAACCAACAGUUACCAACGCAUAUUUACAACCCGAUUCUUCCGCAAAUCUUAGAACUCGACCCGUUCAUCCUACUGAUUUUUUCUUUCGACCACCAAAUGAUUAUUAUCAUUAUCAUGUUAUUUGCAAGGAAAUCUCAAACGAUAACGUUGCAUAUUUAUUAAAUAAAUCAUUAAAAGAACGUAACGCUCAAUCUAAUGAAGGUAUUUUCUAUUAUCAGCAACAAUAUAAUAACCAACUUUAUCAGGUAUCAUACGAAAUUGUUUCUCCUCUCUUGGUCAAUAAUUGUUUGAGUAAAAAUUUUCUUGGGAUUGAAUUUCAACAAAAUAUGGAACAAGAGCAUUUAGUAUUAACUUUUGAUCAAAGAGAAUAUCUUGAAUGUCACUUAAAGAAAUAUUUAAGUCAAUAUUUAUUAGGCUAA